UGGGAUAAAUACUCCGCCAACUGCCUCUUGCUCUGCCAUCAAAGCUUUGUCGUACAACAGACUGGCGCCCACACUGUUCACAUUAUUAUUUCUAAUUUCGCCAAAGUUCCGUAAUCACUCGUUGAAAAGGUUGCAAACAUCCCUCGAGGGGCCAGUGCAGUGUUUGUCCACGUCUGCCCACUCGCCACUGCAGAACCUGACGAUUUGUCACAAAGUUUGCUGUGGUUGGAUUAGAAUAAUUAGUAUUACUAGAUUCUAUUUGUCCUCUCUCUGCGUUUGAGGAGACGCGGUUUUCAUCUUUUUGUAGAACUUGUAUACUCUCUUUGCGAGUUUGUUUGUGUCUCCCCUGGACAAAGAUGGUGUCGAACGUUUUCCGUCUGGGUUUUUGCUUGGCCGUUUUCCUGGCCAUGUCGACUGCUGAUGAGUUUCGAGAUCCCUUGAGAUAUGCAAGUGACGGGAGCGCCUACUGCACCACCCACGAGAUCCGACCCACUCACAUGAAGGUAGGGGACACUGCCAGAACCAACGAUUGCUAUGACUGCACGUGCAGCUGGGCCGGCCUCUACUGCAGAGGAUUCGGCGUUAAGGAAGCCAACAAUGCAUACCACAUCAACGUCCCUAGAGGCUGUGAGCUGAUCAUUGACGGCUGCAACUAUUACUACGUAUCCAUCUAUAACCGCAGGGUCCGCUGUAACUGAACACACACAACGUCAACGCCUUCAUCCUUUACUGUUCCUUACCUCAGUGAAUACGCGCUUUCUGGUCAUUUGACACGCUUUUCGGGGCCACUUUCAUAAAGAAGCAUGACUUCGUUAAUUUUUAAAACUUUCUAAUUCUUUUUUGUUUUUAUUUUUUUAAUCAAUUUUUGCUUUGUUUGUUUUGUUUAUUUAUUUGUUUUUAGGAGGGAUGGUUUUGGGUUGUUGUUGUUGUUUUUUUUUCCCCAAAAAAACACAUAAAACAGCAGGUAUAACAACAUGUAUACUAUAAAAUUAGUAUUGUAAUGUGCUGAUUCGUGUUUCAGAUUCCUAUAUUAUAAUGGUGCAAAAUCCUGCAACGUUGCAUUUGGUUUUCUGAUCAGACAUAAUAAUUAUACAUUGUGUGUACUUACGUCUCAAAGAGUUACUGAAAAUGAAGGUUG